AUACAGGUAACAAACCAUAGAGUUAUAUAUACCAACUCAGUUCAAAUAAUGGAGCUCACAAACAGAACAGAGAAGUAUCCUGACUAUGAAAAAUAUUUAAGUAAGCUUGCACUAAGACGAAAAAAAUCCGCAACAGCUUCUGGACAUGAUGAUCGAAAGCCAGUUCCAGGACAAGAUGUGCCUCUAUUAGCUGGUCAUCCACAUGCAGAUAUUUUCCCUAUUAUUGGAACAGAAUUAAUUCUCAAAGAUGGAACAAAGCUGCAGAUUGGUGAAGAUCAGAUGAAGGUGGCGUUACAGUAUGGUAGUCUAAAAGGUCUUCCAGAGUUGAAAGAAUGGUUGAUAGAGCUAGUAAAAAGAUUGCACGAUCCUCCAGCGUGGAAGAAUACUAGUCAUCCUAGUAAAUUAGAUGUAUUAGUAACAGCCGGUAGUUUAGCAGCCAUAGCAACAACUUUUGAACUGAUCCUUGAUGAAGGCGAUACUCUUUUAACCCAAAAUCCUACAUAUCAAACCAUGCUCUGUGUUGGUGAACCACUUGGUAUUAAUAUAGUGGGUUUACCAGAUGUAGAUGCACAUGGACCAGUACCCAGUUCUUUAAGAGAACUUUUGCAAAACUGGGAAGACAAGAAACCAAACAUUCCAAGACCUAAGGCUUUUUACUUUGUACCAACUGGAGACAACCCACGAGGUAUUACAUGGUCAGAAGAUCGUCGAAGAGAUAUAUAUCAGAUUUGUCACGAUUUUGAUUUGUUGAUUCUUGAAGACGAUGCUUAUUACUUGACUCAAUUUAAAAGGCCUUUACCAAAAACGCUGUUAUCUAUGGAUGUAGAUGGACGAGUCAUAAGAUUUGAUUCUUUUUCUAAAGUUUUAGCUCCUGGUUUCAGAUUGGGUUUUAUCACAGCACCAGCCUGCUAUAUCAGUAAAUUGACUUUAUUUUAUCAGACAUCUCGAGCUGUUUCCCCUUAUAAUCAGGUGAUAAUUAUGUCUCUUCUACGUCAUUGGGGUCAUGAUAGAUUUUUAAAACAAUGUGUUCAUGUAACGCAAACAUACAAACAAAAGGCUGAAUCCUUAACAUCUUUCCUACAAAAAUAUAUGUCAGAUGUCGCAGAAUGGAACAAGCCCGAAGCAGGGAUGUUUUUAUGGGUAAAGUUAAAAUAUCUUAACGAUUCAUUGCCAGUGGUAACAAAGUGUCUAGAGAAAGGUGUAUUACUGGUUAAUGGAGCAUCAAAUAUACCACAUGGUGGUAGUCUUAUUUCUCCGUUCAUCAGAAUGGCAUAUUCCAAGGCUACAGAAGAACAAAUGGAUAGGGUAAGGAAAAAAUGUUGA